AUGGCCCCGAACAUGCCCGCCGGGCGGCCGGGAACGCUCACACCCGAGCAGGAGCUCAAGCUUCGAGAGCUCUGGGCCGCGACGUUAAGAGUCUUUGGCGUUCACGAGCCCGUCGCAGCGCAGGAACCCAACGGGACAGACACAACGUCAAUUGCAGCGUCGACGGACAGCGCAGAGAAGGAUGGCAAGAAGGACAAGGACAAGAAGAAGAGUCGGCUCAAUGUGUUUAAGAGGCACAAGGACGACAAGGAGGCCAAGUCCGACUCCGCGCCUGCCUCGGGGACGGCCACGCCGACAGACAUCAGCUCGCUUUCAAUAGCGGACGAGGAUGACAAGCACGGGCAGACGAAGGAGUUCAAGGCCGCGCUGGCGAACAUGGCGCCCGAGGAUUUGCGCAAGGCUUUCUGGAGCAUGGUCAAGCACGAUCACCCGGAUGGGCUCCUUCUGCGGUUCUUGCGCGCCCGCAAGUGGGAUGUCGAGAAGGCGCUGGUCAUGAUGGUUUCAACAAUGCACUGGCGGUUGGAAGAGAUGCACGUGGAUGACGACAUCAUCCGGCAGGGUGAGCUUUUCGCAUACGAACAGAGCCAGAGUUCCGAUGCGAAGACGAAGAAGGACGGGGAGGAUUUCCUCGCCGCCUUGAGGAUGGGCAAGAGUUUCUUGCACGGGCUCGACAAGGAGGGCCGCCCGUUGUGCUUCGUCAGGGUGCGACUUCACAAGCAGGGCGAGCAGAGCGAGGAGAGCAUAGAGCGCUUCACCGUUUAUACCAUUGAAACCGCCAGGAUGCUCUUGAGGCCGCCCGUCGACACUGCCACCAUUGUUUUCGACAUGACCAAUUUCUCAAUGGCGAACAUGGACUAUGCCCCCGUAAAGUUUAUGAUCAAGUGCUUCGAAGCAAACUAUCCCGAAUCCCUCGGAGCGGUUCUCGUCUACAAGGCCCCCUGGCUGUUCAAUACCAUCUGGAGCAUCAUCCGAGGCUGGCUCGACCCCGUGGUCGCCGGCAAGGUCCACUUCUGCAAGACGGUAGAGGAGCUCGAGGCAUUCAUACCCAAGAACCAGAUCCCGACCGAGUGCGGCGGAGACGAGAAAUGGGAAUACACCUACCCGGAACCCGUCGCGGGAGAGAACAACCAGAUGAAGGACGAAGCGGGCCGGGAAGCCAUACAAACCGCAAGGGCCCAGCUCUUCAAGAACUACGAGAGCUCGAUCCUGCACUGGAUUCACGAUGGCGACUCCCAGACUAAGAGUCUAGAGGAGAGGAGGAAAGAGCGGGACACCAUCGCCGAGGAGCUCCGCUCCAACUACUGGAAGUUGGAUCCUUAUGUUCGUGCUAGGUCGCUGUACGACCGCCUCGGGGUCAUCCAGCAGAGCGGCAAGCUUGAUUUCUACCCCUCAGAGAAGCCGAAACCGUCAACGACGCAAGAAACGAGCCCCGAUGAUUUGGACUAA